GCGUUACUACUUAUCAAAGAUAAGUUCUCAGGGCAGGUUACAGGGGAACCGCUCCCAGCCAGUAGGCGUCACAGGAGUUCUGUAAAACUCGAGUGAAAAGUUGGCUCAAGUAAGGAAGUGGAAAUUAAAAAGACUCGUGGCUCUGGAGAAACACACGUAGCGCCGAGGCAUGAGGCCCCGUAGGGAUGGGAACAGGCGGAUUACUCGUGGCAGCAGGAGAUAGUGACUGUAAACGAAAUGUUAACGAGUGAUAGGGCUCGUGAUAAUGACGCUCCUCGACUGAACAAUCGACGGCUAGUGGGUGAAGAUGAUAAAAGGAGCGAAUGACGCUCCCUGGACUUCAAAUAUGCGUAACUCGACUGUCAUUUUUAUUCUGAGCGUCACUCUCGUCUCCAUUUUGGAUGCUCAAAGCACCUGCCCUGCAAGGUGUCUCUGCUACUUGGAUCGACUGCCCAGAACUAUAGCCUGCUCCAAGCAAGGACUUCAGGAAUAUCCUGCCGGUAUUAGCGACAUUGUGCAACAUUUAGAUCUAUCGGGCAAUUCCCUGCAGGAGAUCCCAGAACAUGUCAAUAGCUUGGUUGAUUUGCAAUAUUUGAAUUUGGCGAGAAAUCAACUGACUGCCUUACCCAGUGAUCUGCGGGGAUUAAAAAAAUUACAAAUGUUAGAUUUGACGGAGAAUAAUUUGAAGAGUGUCAAAGACAUAGCUGCUAUAAGUCACUUGGUCAAUUUGAAGAUUUUACAUCUAUCAAAAAAUUCAAUAGAAGAAUUGACGUCACUUUCUAAUAACAGAACGCAGUCUCUCUAUGCCAAUCACUGUAGUAUCAAGGAACUCAAUAGCUUAUCCUUGAGUGGAUUGCCUGCCUUGAAUUUACUGAGUCUCUCUGGAAAUCCUUUGCGAGUAGUAUUGAGGCCAACCAGUGAUAGUCUACGUUGGCUAGAUUUAUCAAAUUGUCUUAUAAAUUAUUUAAAUCCGGACACGUUUGAAAGAUUAACCAGUCUGGAAGAAUUGCGUUUGGCCAACAAUCCCACGUUGGUUUACAGCACGAGAUACGAAACUUUGCAGCACAUCAAUCUCAAGAGAUUGGACGUCUCCAGAUGCAAUUUGGACAGACCUGGUCUCCACGGAUUUCCGGCUCUAACUCAUGCUAAACUCUCGAGAAACAUCAUAAGAAUCCUGCCUGAUCGUAUUUUCGCGAAGAAUCGUGAACUCUUGCAGCUAUAUUUAGAUGCCAAUGGCCUAGACAGCCUGAACAAGAGUUCCUUCGCAGGAUUGACGAAACUGGAAAUACUGGAUCUAUCGGCGAACGCUCUUCAGGAAGUGCAUUGGAGCACCUUUAACGAGAAUAUAAAACUGCAUCGGUUGAACCUCUCGUACAAUGGAUUGCACGAGUUUCCGAAUCUGACGACAGAGGCCAUUUGGUUGGACAUGUCGACCAACCUGAUCUACAACUUUAAAAGCAAUGUCCUCUCGAAUAUGCCACGACUGGUAACAUUGAAUUUGAACAACAACAGACUAGAGAACAUACCCAACAAUUUGGAAUCGAACACCCUGAAGAACCUUUUUCUCAGGCAAAACAGAUUGGUCCAGUUGAACAACGAGAGCUUCGUUAGACUCUCGGCCCUACGAAAUCUGGACUUAUCUGGGAAUCGCUUAACCGAGGGCAUAGAUCCUGAUCUAUUUUGGAAUAAUAAAUUCCUACAGGCGAUCCAACUGGAGGACAAUCCAUGGCGCUGCGAUUGCGAGCAGCUUUACCCAACUUACAAGUACUUCAUGGAAUCGCAAGUAAGUGUGGUCGCUUCGAACCUGAUCUGUCAGAGUCCCAGUAACGUCUCCGGCUAUUCCUGGGAAAACGCCUGUUACGAGAUCUGGAGCGGAGAAAUGUUCAAGGCAACCGACCGCACCUGGGGCCUGGUCCUGAUCAGCCUGCUGACUAUGGUCAUUCUCUUCGGAAGUGUCGUGUCCCUUAGACACGCGAUGAAGAUGAAGAGACACGCGCGGCUGGAAAGGCAGGAGCUCGAGAGAGCAGAAGCUCGCGAGAGACUCCGAUUGCUGCAAAGACGAAACCAAAGACUGGAGGAGGAGUUGCUGGAGCAGACUGCGGAGCCCAGGAUCCAUCCAUUGGAACUGAUCCAGCCGCCGACCUACGACGAGGCUGUUGACAUGCCCCGGCUGGCACAUUCCAUGGAGGCUCUGGAUACGAUGUCCAUGGACAAUAUGUCCAUACAGGCCAUAGGGUCCGUGGACAACCUCAGAUCGAAGAAGCGGCGUCCCAGAAGAGCGAGGAAGCGUUCCCAGAGCGAAGACAACCUAGCGCGACGCGAGGAGCGUCGUGAGGAGAGACGCCGGCGUCGUUUGAGUCUUGAACGAAACAACUCGACGAGUGUGCUGAGCGAGACCAACCAAUUGGAGGAAUCCAGCCAAUUAACGGAGUCCAAUGCAGAGAUUGCCAUAAAAGAAACAGAGAGGACCAGAUCUAGGGCUCGAAGCAUCUGCGAGGAUGGUGACCGAACGAAAAUCAAGCCCAGACCUCAAACCCCAUCGGCACGUAAGAAGAAACGUAGGGCGAUGGCGCGGAAUGGGCAUUCCACCGAUGACGAGGAUUCGGAACUCGAUCAAUUAUCCACGAGACUCAAUAACAAAUCGAACAGUUCGAUAAUCAUUAAGAAAUUAACGCGAGAACCAAGAAGCGGCCGCAGACCGUCACCUCAGGAAAGUGACUUUUGAUUCUUUCGGUCGCUGGGAUAAUCAUUGCCGUUAACGUUCAACCGAAACAUUUCAUUGUACUCUUAGAAUAGUUAGAAAAUAUUUGUGUGUAAGUACCUUAAAACGAUAUCACGUACCUUUCAUUUUGUCUUCUCCUGUUAUCAGGACGAUAAGGCUCUCCUGAUAAGAGCGUCAAUCCACAUAAAGUUCGUCAACCGCAGUGAAAUCGGAUUUUAAUUCGUCGCUUCGCGUAACGCUGUUUCCAGCCAACUGCAUCCGAUGCACCUGAUGCACCGGUGCAACGCUACUACGAUAAUGCAUUUGCUAUUUAUUCAAGACUGAAAGUAUAAAUAAAAGACGUUGCGAGUUAUAUUGGAGUUGCAUAACUGAACAACCUCGUAGCCGAUAGUAUAUUUAUGCUCGAACAACAUAGUCAUGUACCCAUGGCUGAAUGCGCAUUAGAGGAUGCGAAUUAAACGGAAAAGAAAUAUAAAUGACAUUUAUCAAUAUUUUUCCUUUUUUUUUUUUUUUUUUUUUU